UCUCGGGGAUUCAAAUUAUUUCAAAUUUAUGAUUGAUUAUGAAAGAAGCAAAAUGAUUAAUAUUCAUUAGAUUACAUUAAACUAAAAUAAUUCCAAAACUAUUAUUACGUAUAAUAAAUUACUGUCGUAGUUAGCUGUUAUAUUCUUAUUGUAUUGUUAAAUUAACUAUUGGCUCAAGAAUUGAGAAAUUUAAAUUUUAAGUGGCAUUGUUUAAAAGAAACAAUGUCCCUGACCUUACUGAAGCACGCGUGGCGCAAUGUUGUGAAGAGCAACCAGCUCAGCCUCACCUCCGUGCACUCCAGGACACUCUCAUCCAGCAUUUCAGAUAUAACAAAGUCGUCAACGACAAGCUCGGAUCAGCUGUCGACGCGGCUGCAGGCGGCGGCGACGGCGGGCGCCGUGCUGGCGGCCGUGCAGGCGGCGCCCGCCGCCAGCGCGCAGCACAUGCUGCAGGCGCUGCGCUGCCUCUUCCUGCUGCACCGGGCCGGCAAGUUCGAGAAGGAACCGGAAGAAUUAAUAAAAGACCCGGGCUUCAGCGUCCUCUGCCAGAAUUUCAAAAAACACGCGCGCGCCCUCGAACUGAACGAGGCGAUAGAGGCCACCAAAGUGCUCUCCUACCUCAAAGUACCCGUAGAUUCUCUAAUAGUCCAAACCAUGCUGCAACUUAUAAGAUGCAAUAUAAACAAUUUAAACCUACGACAAAUUAUGUUCUUGGAUUUCAUACUUAAUCAAUAUGAUACUAAGAAUCAUUUAGUAGACGCGUUGAAGCUGGCGCUUCCUUUAGCUUUCCAAGUGCACCUACCGCUUGAGAUGGAUAACGAAGAUUUGCCGCUGCUCCGAGACAUGUUGUAUUACUGCUGUGCGCACGAGCUGCCUGAUCGGUGUAUAAAUAACGUGGUGACGGGGCUGUUACUGCAUGAUCAGAGCAUAGACGCGCAGGUGGCCAAGUCGAUCAUAUGGUCUCUCUGCGAUGUCAACUGCACUGAGGAAUUGUUCCCCACUAGAGUUCAGCUUCUCCACAUCUGCUUCGACAUCCUAAGUCAGUCUCUGAACCGUCUGUCGUACGACGAGGUGCUCCGCACGGCGGCGCGCCUCAAGGGCCGGAUACUGGAGAAGCACCCCGAGUACUAUCACGAGCACUUGAUGGACGCCAUCGCCAACUACGUCAUAGACAAUAAUGUGCCCUUCGAGAAGGGGCUGCUUAUAGCCAGAGUGCUAUCGAGGCUUGCCCACAGCCACCUCGGGUUGGUGGAGUACCUUUGCCAGGAGGUGGUCUCGCAGCCCACCACCCUCGAGAACGCGCGCACCAACAUCUUGUUCGGGUUCAUCAACUGCCUCUCCAACAACAACCACACCCCCCCUGAGACACAGUGGGUAGAGAUCAGGAGGCAGAUCUCCAACAACCCCAUACUGGAUGCCAAGCACGCCGCGCUGCCGUGGGUCAAGGUAUGCCUGGAGCUGGCGUCGCUGGGUCACUACGAGGACCGGCUGCUGAAGCGCGUGUUCUCGCAGGAGUUCCUCGACGAGUUCCUGAGCCGGCCCGACAGCACGCUCGACUAUCUCCAACUCCUCACGCUGCUUGUUGCUGUACACGCAUUCCACAGCGAGGAAUACCAGCUGCCGAAGCCCAUUCUAGAGAAGGCGAAGAACCUAUACCCGACACAUGCGGUGACGGAACAGCUGCAGAGAAGCCUGGCGCACGCUGUCGGCGCGCCGGACGUUGUGGCUAGGAACGUGCUGCUGCCCAGCGGGAUCGUGGCAGAUGUAUUCAUGUGUUUGAAGAACGGCUACCCCGUGCCGCUGCCGGUCACCGACGGCCACAAGGUGCCCAUCGAGCAACUCAACUUGCCUGAAGGGAGUUUACCGGUGUGCAUCCUAACGUUCAACCCGGGGUGUUUCUCGCUGAACAGCAACCGUCUGCGCGGCACGUUCCGGCUGGUGGUGGACGCGCUGGAGCGCGGCGGCUGCGCGGGCGUGGCGCUGGACGCGCGCGCGUGGCUGCGCGCGCCGCCGCACGAGCGCGCGCCGCUGCUGCUGCAAGAGCUCGGCUACAAGUGCGCCGAGUGCGGCCUCAAGCUCGAGCCGGCGUGA